UUCGCGUCAGUGGUGUCGGUUACACUCGCUUUUUUUCCCUGUCCGUAUCUGUUUUCGUUUGGCGCAAACGACCGACCCGAGGCGGUGCUUGUGAAACAUACGCACAGUUGGCAAACCGUCAGUACGCAACAUGCGACCGAGCGACCCUCGAAUCGCGACGGGCGACCGCCGGUCGUCCGGGUGACGUCUCGCGACCGUCCCCCCCCUCCCCCCAAUCGCGAGUGACAUCAAACGCGGCGGUAAAUCGCGAUCGAUCGAAUCGGCCGAGGAUCGUGCUCAAUCUCCCCCUCACCCUCGAUCCUCUCCAGGAGGAUGGAUCGUUUCUCGGAGCGACGACGCGCGCGCGACUGUUGACAUCGCUCGCUCGCGAGACCGACUCCCGGUUCGACGUGUGCCCGGUGUGUGCGCGUAGUGCGGGCCUUCUCCUCGUAGAAUGGACACUCGCCGUCGCGACGACGGCGUUGUCAGCGGCGCGGUGCGCGCAUCGAUCAACCCGUGAGGCCAGGCGAGGGCGAGACAGAGAAACGUCAAGUUCGCCGAGGGCUCUCUCCCGGCCGUUUCGUCCUCGCGUCGCGAUAUACCCAGCUGUAUUAUAAGGCCCACGAGAAGGAGGAAUGGACGUGACUCGUCGCCGCGUCCUCCCCGUGCAAUGGCAGACGCGGAUCGCCCGACGGCCGACGCCGCUCCUGUAGACGACGAUCGACGACGGUGAUCGACGACCACUCGUAUCGAUACGCGGAUACAUCGUUCGAGCGCGCGCGCGCGCGCGACGCCGAGUCCCGCGGAGUUGUGUGCCUGAGUGCGUCGAGUAAAUAAAUAGGAAGAGGGAAAAACACGGGAUCGCGGAGGAACGGAAAGAGCGUCGGAUAUAUUAAUGAAGAUGCGCCGCGGAUUGAUCGAUCGGUUGCUCCUGCUAGCGGCCUUCGGAAUCACGGUCCAAGGGCAACUGAAAAGUCCACGGAUAACCGAGCACCCGUCGGACAUAAUAGUCGCGAAAAAUGAGCCGGUGACGUUGAACUGCAAGGCGGAGGGUAAGCCCGAACCGGUGAUAGAGUGGUACAAGGACGGCGAGCUCGUGCAGACGUCGCCGGGCGACACCAAGUCGCAUCGGGUCCUGCUGCCAACGGGAUCCCUGUUCUUUCUGCGGGUGAUGCACGGCAAGAAGGAGCAAGAUGGCGGUGUAUAUUGGUGCGUCGCGCGGAAUAAAGCGGGAUCCGUCCCGAGCAGGAACGCCACUCUCACAGUCGCAGUGCUGCGGGAGGAGUUUCGCGCGGAACCGCAAAACACGAGGGUCGCCGCCGGGGAGACGGCUUUGCUAGAGUGUGGACCUCCCCGCGGCCAUCCGGAGCCGACCCUCUAUUGGAAAAGGAACGGUCACAUAAUAGACCUGGAAGCGACGAAACGGAUAACUCUCGUGGACGGAGGUAAUCUAAUGAUAUCCGACGUGAGACCGGCUGAUCAGGGCAAGUACCAGUGCAUCGCCGAAAACAUGGUCGGCAUCAAGGGAUCUGCGAUAGCUACUCUCACGGUUCAUGUGAAGCCGUACUUCGUGGCCACGCCGUCGAACCAGACGAUCCUCGCGGAUCAAACGGCGGAGUUCGUCUGCAGGGUGGGCGGCGACCCGUCACCAGAGAUUCUGUGGCGGCGGGGCGACGGCAAGAUGCCGAUAGGUCGGGCGCAUAUCCUGGAGGACAAAAGUUUACACAUCGAGCGGGUGAAUCCCCAAGAUCAGGGGACGUACAUCUGCGAGGCGGAGAACGGCGUCGGCACGAUAUCAGCGAGCGCCACUCUUACCGUGCACUCGAGACCGGUAUUCAGCAACUUCCCCAAGGACGAGACGGUAAGCUCCAACAGCGACGUUACCUUCUCGUGCGCGGCGCGCGGCGCGCCAAAGCCGUCGAUAUUUUGGACCCGGGAGGGCUCCCAGGAGCUAAUGUUCCCCGGCCACACGUAUCAGAACCACUACACCGUCACGGAAAACGGAAGUCUGACUAUCAAGGGCGCCGUCAGGAAGGACGAGGGCCACUACGUGUGCAGCGCCAUUAGUCAGGCCGGCGCCAGCACCGCGACCGUAUUUCUCCAGGUGACGUCCGUCGAGGAGACCCCGCCGCCCAUAAUCGAGCUUGGCCCUGCGAAUCAAACUCUGCCGUUGAAGAGCGUCGCCUCGUUGCCGUGCCGAGCGGUCGGUACACCCACGCCGCGGGUUCACUGGCAUAAGGAGGGCGUGCUCGUACGUCCGGGCGGCCGUAUCACGAUGGCCAUCAACGGCACGCUGUUCAUCGACGAUCUGCACGCCAACGAUUCCGGCCUCUACACCUGCAUCGCCUCGUCCGAGUCCGGCAACACCUCGUGGUCGGCCUACCUGACAGUGAGUUCCGGCGCCAGCUUUCACCGUACGCCCGACGUGUCAGCGCUGCCGCAGAACCCGAGCAAGCCGCGAAUAGUGAACGCCACCAGUAACUCGGUCACCCUGACGUGGAGCCCGGGCCACGAGGGCCAGAGCAAGAUCAUCGGCUACAAUAUCGAGUAUUACAGCAGCAACCUGAACACCGGCUGGGUGGUGGCAGCCACGGGUGUCCUCGACGAUAUCUAUACCGUGACAGAUUUAAGGCCAGAGACCAAUUACGUUUUCCUAGUACGAGCAGAAAAUAACCACGGGCUCUCGCUGCCCGGACCAUUGUCGGACGUGGUGCAAACUACUAACGUAAAUCAGCAUACGGUACCACAAGUGGAACUGACUCGCGCUAGAGAUCGGUUAAACAGCGAGAUUUUACAUCUCAAAGAGGUGCAACCGUUGACCAGUACUAGCGUCAAGAUUAUGUGGGACAUUCUCGGCGCAGCGGAUUUAGUGGAGGGUCUUUAUAUACGGUAUCGCGAGGUUUCCGAGAAACCGGAGUAUCAGAUGGUCACGGUACUCAACGCCGGCGCCACCAGUUAUGUGCUCACCAAUUUAAAAAAGUACACGCGAUACGAGUUCUUCCUGGUUCCCUUCUACAAGAUAAUCGAAGGCCGACCGAGCAACGUGAAGCUGGUCACUACUCUAGAAGACGUGCCCUCGGGCGCUCCCGAGAACGUUCACGUAGGGAUGAUAAAUAUGACCUCGGCAUUCGUUCGGUGGUCGCCGCCGCCGAAGAACACUCAAAACGGUCAAUUGAUCGGUUACAAGAUUCAGAUCAAGAGCAACAGCAGCAAUAAAAUCCUUGGUCAAAUGUCCCUGAAUGCGUCAACCACGUCAGUCAUCAUCAACAGCCUGACUGCUGGCGGUCUAUAUACGGCACGCGUCGCUGGACAAACUCGCAUCGGGCUCGGUCCCUUUUCUAGUCCGACACUACUGAACAUGGAUCCGGGACAAAUAACGCAGUUGCCGCCGCGAACCGAUCCCAGUCACGGGGGUGCAUCUGUCAUCAGAGAAACGUGGUUUCUCGUCCUCAUGAUAAUGAUGAUAUUUAUCGUUAUCGUCGUGUUAUUAGCCGCGCUCUACGUGAGACGCAGGCAAGCGAUGAGCAAGCAACUGGGUCACUUAAAUGUACCCGUAGGCACCGCAAACGAUAUCUGUCAAUUAAACAAGGAUACGCUCUGGUUGGAACGCGGCUGGCGGCCUACCAAUACUCUCCAAGCCGCCAAUGACAAGGAUUGCGAAACCAAGUUGCUCAACAAUCAACAUAUGCUGGCAGCCGGUAUAAUGGGCAUGACCGGCUCCGAGUACGCUGAAGUGAAUCUAACAACGUUUUAUAACACGCGCAAGCAAAUGCAGGCACCGCCACCGGAGCCGUAUGCCACCACAACUUUGUGCGUGGGCAGUCGUAAUUCGGAUUCGAUCGAAACCAGUUGUCAGAAGUCGAACUCUAGCGACUCGUGCCUGAAACCCGAUUAUUCGAGUCUGGACUCGAAUCAAGAGCCCAAUAAAUCCACGGUGUCGCCGAGCAGUGAUAACAUGAGCGGCGGCGACGCUACCUACGCGGACGAGAACUUGGAUAUACAGAGAAGACAGUACAGAAUAGCAGGGCCGACGAGCGGCGACGCGUCCCAAACCGGUAUGCCGAUGCCCAACUGGUGCGACAUGUUACCGCCGCCGCCCGAGCAUCCGCCCCCGCUCGGCGCAUCGCUGGCCGCCGGCCGGAUACAACAGCAGCCGCAUCAGUUGCAACAUUCGCACCAACAGCAACAGCAGCAAGUGCCGUUCAGUCCGCAUCUCGGCAAGAGAAACGUUCAAAACGAUUUGGAUCAUUGCAGCGGCUCUGGCGCCGGCUCGGGCAAUCUACAGAGUCCGCCCACUCCUCCCAUCAGAGUGACUAACAGUUUCAGCCCGUCGCCGACACCAUGGAACGGCGGUGGGCAGAAUCAGCAGCAUUCAGAACCCGGCGUUCUCCCGGUGUCCAGUAAUCUACAAGUGUCGCAGGGCAGAUACACGACGCUACCCCCGCAAACUAAUCCGCCGCCGUUACCCUCGUUCCCGCAAACUUUUAAUCAUUACGAUUAUAAGAAUCAGGAGAACGAGUACGAAAGUGGCUCUGUUAUUUACGGCCAUCAUCAGAACGGUCUAUCGGACGACUAUGGUGUCCGUGAAUCCGCGUUUGCGCGUUCCUGUAAUCAACAACAAUCGCAUCUUACGCCAUCGUCCGUGAACGAGGAGCUCUAUCGGCACAGGGAUGACAUGUUUCACAACGAUAAUCUCUAUCAACCUGAAAACGACGAGUGGGACAGGAAGUCGUGUGACUCCAAUACGCAUUCGGACGCGUGUUGCUCAUGCUCGGAAUCGAGUUGCCUCUACACUGACACCGUACAGUACAACGCACAACAUUACAGUACUGCGUGCGGCCACAGUAGCGGUAGAACAACGGGUUCCCGAAGCAGGAGUAACAGGAGUCCGCGAAGAAGAAAUCGAACGUCUUCGCCCACCUACAGCAGCGACAGCAAUUAUUCUUGCAUCCCUCCGAGACAAUGCGGAAGCACGAAUUCGCAGGAAAGGCUGAGGCAUCGUAGUAAAGACAAAUUGCCUGGCUUUUCGAGAACGGGUGGUUACAGCCAGCACAAUUCUUCGGCCUCGAAUACGAUGAGUAGUACGAGCAGUCAGCGAUACAAUAAGCUAAAUAGUAUCUUUGUAAGCGGCAAUAACCCGAUCGCUCCAUCGGACUCUAGUCGACUGGGUGAUCACCGUGAGAGCUAAAUUCUGCCUGAACGUAGCAAGUAUAGGACGUGCCUGAAUGAACGGCCUUCGAUCACAACGAACGAUCGCAGUCUGCAUUACGGGAGGCUGUUACGCAAUCAGCAAACUGUCGCGGACGCUCGUCAAGUACUGUAAGCGCGCCUUUAUAUACAUAAUUGACGGCCUGCAAGCUGAUGUACUCUGAUUUAAUUUGUUGGUUAUCAGGCUCAUUAAGAAAGUGAGUUCGGUAGUAAAGUUGCGGGAUGAAUCUCGCACUUUUCCGCGUACUACCGUGUUACGUAAUAUUAAGAAGGUUUGAUAGAUUUCGCGAAGUAAUUAGUAAGUAUUCCAUGACUGAGAACGCUUACGUUUAACCGAUUAUGUGCGGCGAUAGCUUAAGCUCAUCAAAUAUCUCUAUGUUCGUACGAAGGGCAAUAAUGGUCUUCUAUCGCGGAAGAAACGCAAUCUUGACACUUGGAGAUUGCAGAAUAAAUCCCGUGAUUGACACUCGCAACGCUUUUUAUUAACGCUUUAACGCUGGUACAACCCGUUAUAUAUACAUGACGCAUUCAAUCCUUUUGUACUCACUAUUCAGAUAAGGGCUUUCAGAAAAAAGGACUAGUGACGUGUAAUACUUUGCUUUUUCAAAUAGACUCUUUGCCAAAUGGAUUGAUGAAAACGUUUCAUUAGACUUUAUUUGUUUUGCGUCUCAUUUUAUAUGUGAACCAAAAGCGAUUGUGAACUUCGAACGACGUUAAGGGAAGAAAAAAGAAAGAAGAAGUUAUAUGUUUGCUGUCGCGUCUCUGUUUCUUGAGCGAAGAUUUAAUCCCCAAGCGGUCACGCCGGUCUAAUAUUCCAGUUGGCACUUUUUAAACUUUAUUAUACUCUCGACUGCCAUAUAUACUGCCAUUCCCAUUGGCGAUUUUUCGCACACGAUGUUAAGAUAUUCUGCUAGUUUAAUUAAAUAAUUUCUUAAAUAAUGACUUUAUAUAAAUCGUAUGUUAACUCGCGAAUGCCAACGAGCUACAAAGGGUGUCGCGCGACUGAAAUUAAUGUUCAAGAAUAUAAGUAUCAUACGGAUCGCAUAAAACGCAUAUGAAUCAAGCAAACACAAUUUAUCUCCUUUGACUAAUUAUCGAAAUUUAUUCGCAAGAUGUGAUUGGUUGCAAUAAUUUAAUUUUAUAAACCAAUCAAACAAAGUCAAGUUUCUUGUAAAAGCAAUGUAAAAUACAUUCUUAUAAAAAAUAAUAUGCGAUUUUACGACUAAAGAAUUGAUCAAAGUAAGUUGUUGAAACUAUCGCAGGGAAAUGCUUCGAGACUAUUUCUUAAAAAAGAGACAAAUCUUCACCGUCAUACCAUCAUAGCAAUAAUAAGUGUAUACGUAUACAUAAUUGUGUGGAGAUGAAUAUUUACGAAAACGAAAUAUCAAGAUUCUUGGUAUGGAUUCUUGGAACAAUGUGAUCUCGUGGUCCUCUUUGAGUAUCAAAAUGACUUCACUCGGAAAUCGUUGUCUCGAAAGCAAUCGAGCGAACAAUCGUCCAUUAUAUUAAAUCGAUCAACUGUAUUUGCUUGUUCUUUGCGUGGAAUAAUCCUUUCGUUACGAUUUCUCGUCGAAUUUAUUUUCAUUUUUGCAAACGAAGCAAUUGUUUUUUAUCGCGUGAUUAUCAAGUGUAUUACAUCGCGAUUCCGUAUUAUAUAGUGAUCACUUAUAUCCAUGUUCCGCAUUUAAAUGAUAUCUAAUUUAUAAACUAGUUCCUUCGAUUCUGAGUGAUAACAGUUGCAUUUAACAUGAUUAAAUGCGGAAUGUGAAGAUGGCAAAGAUGAUUCUAUUGUCCUUGUUAAUUCGAACAAUUAGAGGCAGGUAUGAUUACAGUCUUAGCGAAACACGGGUGAAAUCUUAAUGGAUAGGCAAGCAUAAUCGUCGUAGCGAAAGGAUUAACAUGUCUCGCUCGCAUAUUGACCUUACAAAGCGUGGCAUUUAUUUUCGACGGCCUGUACUGAUGAUUCUGGCUACGCGCGACAAAUGAAGCAUAUUAUUUUGGAUAUAACGUUCCUAAAUCCUAAGAGAGGCAACCCUGGAGGGCUAAUUUCCACGAAGAAGGGCGGACGUAUGUAAUUCUUCCAAAAUGAAUGCACGUAGUAACGUUUUUAAAGAAACGAAGUAACAAUAAACUCGUAAUAUAUAUAUAUAUAUUAUCAUAUCAGACACAUGCAAACGGUCUCUGUAUAAAUUGUAUAAAGUUAUUCUAACGAGAUUAGUCAUUAAUUAUUAAUUUAUACGCCCUAUCAUACACAAUUAAAACUGUAUUACAUAAGCGAGAGAGAGAGAGAGAUGUAAAAUGUUUCGUGUACUCUGUUUAUUACACACGUACGUAACACGAUCUGAUACGUAAAAUUGAAAACUCUCUAGAAAUGUGCGUUUCGAAGCUGUACCGCCAAUGCAAGGUGCAUUAUUCUCGAAUGCGUACCUGAUUCCGAUUUUAUCGGAUAUUUCCGUCGCCAUGGUCUAAUUUUUCUCAUGGAAUAAAUAAUUACAAAUACGAAUUAUAAAUUUAAAUACAAUACAUCCAUAAGGUCAUUAUUAUCAUUAUUAUUAUUAUCAUUAUUAUCAGAGAUAGAGAAUUAUAAAAAUAAAAAUAUAAAAAGUUGGAAUUGUGAAAUGAUGAAAGCAAUAUGAUGUACGAUUCACAAAUAAUUUUUGAACUCAUAUUUUGAGAAAUGAUGUUCCUUAGGUCUUUGUUAUUUCUUUUUUUUUAUUUAUUUAAAAAAUUUUUUUUGCAAUCUGUGAGAUUUUAGAUCGAAAACGCAACGAAAUACAUUUGCAUUCGUAGAAAGCACGUUUGCAUGGGGAUUUAAAAAUAUUGUACACUAUUAAAAUCAUGAAAUUAUAUUAAUAUAUGUGCCCUCGUCUUUCUCUCCUUUGAAACGCACAUUUUUAAUAAGAAAGAAAGAAAGAGAGAGAGAAAGAGAGAGAGAGAAUGUUGCUUUUAUUCGCAGAAUUUACGGAUGAUUCGAAACAGCGUUUCGCGCAUUAUAUCUCGAUAAACUUGAUCUAGAGAGAAGCUACAUAAAUUUUAGAAUAAACAUCAUGCAGUGAAUAAAACAUUUACUACAAGAAAAUUGUCGCAAGAAAUUUAUUUUUAACGAACGAAUUUGCAUAUAUGCAAAUAUUUAUCAAGAAUACGACUGAGAAUGCAUGCAUGUUAAGUACUCCACAUUUAGCAUUUACUAACGACAUAGCACUUCCUAAAUGUUACUAAUAAUUCUUUUAUGCGAAUAUAAUUAUUCAAGGAGGGAGAUAAAAAAAAUGUAAAUUUUAGAUAAAACUAAAUCCGUCUAUGUUGAACUAUUUUCACAAUAUCGACGGUUAAUUUAGAAGAAACGCUGUUUCGGGACAUCCGUUUAAUCCGUAAUCCGCGCUUUUUUAUCAUGUAUAUACUUAGUCGAGAUAUUUUAUACGCAUUUUUUAAGAAAAAGCAUCGAUUUGGAUUCUUUUUAAUUUUGCGGCAGCGCGUUACGCGGAAAUGAGAUUCUGCGAUUUUAUCAAUGUUUUUCGUCCACGUAACGACGUCGCGAGCAAACGAGGAUAUAGCCUUGUAUGCGAAUGUAUGCAACUUAUUAAUUACGACUUUCGAUUAGGUAAUAAGUAGCGUUAUCGAAUAAGAAGCUUGCAUGUAACUCGUUCAGUGACGCGUGGCAAAUCGCUCAAAUUUAUUAUAUAUAUAUAUAUACGCAAUAUAAUUAGUUUCAUUCGGUUUCGUGAACCGAACAUGCUGCCUGAAUAGAAAAAUCAUCCCGCGCGACAGAUAUUACUACUCACUUGGAUACCCGAUAAACCACUGCCAUGUAAAAUGUAAAUUCCGUAGAAAACAGCAAAAAAAAAAAAAAUCACACACAGGAAUUGCGAUCUCGAAGAUAAUCGAGGCACGGAGAAAAGUCAGAAAAAGAAAAGUAAUUAAAAGCUCUAAACAGAGAAAGAAAAAGAUAUUGAACUUUAAAUUUAUAAAUUCAGAGAGUGUUGAAUUUAAGGUCUAUCUAGUGAUAUAUUAUAUGUAUAGCGAUGUAAGUCCCGGUGUGUAUAAAUGUACUCACGCGCACAUUGAUGCGCGGGAGUAGAUUCAUAUUCAAUAAAAAAAAGUCCAUCCAAAAAGCGCAGACGAGGAAAUAAGUAACGAAUAGGUUGAAGAUAUCAUCUCGAUACAAUUUUAGACUAAUGAAGAAAGGAGGAAGGAAAAAGCAAGUCGAGACUAUUCUAGGUAGAAGCAAGCAUCUCAGUAAACGUAAUUAGGUAGGGUGUGUAUUUUAAGUAUCCGUCAGGACGAGUUCGCGCGAUCAUCAGCGAGAGCCGCGUUAAAUCGCGAGAGAAGGGAGAGUGCCGAGUUUAGGUAGUCGGCACUUUUAAGGCGUUCAGUGCUCCGUCUUUUUUCUUCUCGCCCUCGCGAGAAGAGAUCUUCCUCGAGAGAUAACCGCGUCCGUUAAGAUGCGAGUCCACUCGCGACAGUUUUACGUAAGCAACUCGUAUCCGAGUCCGAUGACACUUUACACAUCUGAGAAGAGCUAUACUUGGGUUUACAGCCGCAAGUCGCUGCUGCAAGCGAGCGGUGGACCCGUAACUUCCGGAAGCUCGCGCGAACUCGGAUCGACAUAUCGCGCGAUGCAAUUGCGUACUAUCGAGGAAGGAUUAUUACAUGCACAUAUAUCUCUUCGAUGGCUGAUGGAAUCGUGACCGUUUUGGAAAAGCGCCGUAUUCUCUCCAUUCCUAAAUGAUCGUGAUUCGAGCCAACGGACAUACUGCCAAACCAUCGUAUCAAUGCGCGAAGGAACGAAAAAAAAAAGAUAACGUAUUAUUUUUAUAUAAUUUGUCAUCUUUGUAUUAUUGUUACGAUGGUUGAGAAGGGGACUUGUAUAAAAUACGGUAGAUUGUAAUUCGGAAAUGAAAAGUUGCGCACACGACUCGCGUACAGCGGCAUUUCAAACACUCACAGGAUUAAACACACACGUUCAUAGCGACAUGAUACAAGUUCGUCAAACGGAUUCUUAUUUGUCAGUAGAAUUGUCAUCAUGCAACGCGAUAGAAGUAUGCAUUGUGUUAGAGCGAAACUGCGAUAAUUCGCAUCUUUAGCGGUAUCGAACUUCUGCGAGAGAAUCGUUCUCUGGAUUUCGAAUGUAAAAAAUGAUCAAGAUUGCCGAAUAUUAAAAAUUAGGAAUGCAUCUAAAUUCUUUCCAGCCAAAAAUACCAAAUAGUCGAGAUUUAUGAGGAAAAUAAUUCGAAUUUGGAUUUGGAUCUUGAUUCUAAUUUCGAGAAUCUUAAUUCAGAAAUAAAACCCGAGUCUUUUUAUAACAAAAUUUGAAGUAUUAAAGGCGAAGAUCUCGCUUGACAUUUUAUUUCUAGGAAAGUCGUUCCAUAUUCUCAAAGAGCACAUUCUUGAAAUAAGUCUAAAAAAAUUGAAUAAGAAAAUUAAAUGAAUUAAAACACUGUCCCUCUCUCAUUUGACAUUUUCGCAUCCAAUCAGUUCUAAAUCGCGCGGAUCUAUAUUUUCCAUUGUUCAUUCGAAAUGCAGAGAACCUAUCUGCAGAAUGCAAAAUACCAGAUUGUAAAAAGAUUUAACACUUAGAUUGUGUCUCAGACUCGCUGACGACUAUCGGGCUAAUGACAUUUCAUCGAUAAAUGGUAUGUGGCACUGGAGGAUUAAUUAGAUUGUUAGAGAGCUAGAACUACGUAAAAGUAAUCCAUAUCACUAAGAACACGAAAUAGCGAUUUUUUGUAUUGAAGGCACUGGAAGAGAAAGAAAGAGAGAGAGAAAGAGAGAGAGAAAAAGAAAAAAGGAACAAGCUAUUUCUCUCUCUCUUUCUCUUUCUCUUUCCGGAUUGCGUUUUACGGACUGCACACAUGUGAUUACGAUACAUCCUACAUACAUACCCGACACAUGUGGAGAGGAGUCCGUGAAAACGCGUAUUUAGCUCAAUCUUUCCUUUUUAUAUUUUGUAAAUACAGCGGAUAUAUAAAAAUAAAAGUGGUGAACAUUUUUAUAGUUAAUUUUAUAAUUUAUUUACUAUACGCGAAUGAAAGAGACACACGGGGAGAAGGUCUCUUUUCAUCGAUUAUCAUCGCAUAAAUGAAAUCGAUGAAAUUUAAGAAUAAGAUAGGGAUGUAUACAUGCCACAGAGACACUCGUUACACACACGUAUACAUACACAUAGAGACAUACACGCGCACGAUUGUAGAUAAUUUGUAACAGUUGCUAUUGUCAAGUAUCACAUACACGUAUAAAGCAACAUAUGCUGAUAUAUAUCAUUGCGUAUUAUACUGAUAACGAUUAAUAAAAGGUAAUGUUGAAAAUUGAA